CUGGCCAUUGCUGACCAAAACCUGCGAACACAGAACAAGAUUCAUAGCGGCAGAACUUAUGUCUCGGAGUCCUGCCUCUCAGAGGUUUCCGGUACACGCUCAGGUUUUUGCCCAAAACCACAAGUGAAGAAAUCCAUAAGCUCUGACAGUCUGGAGCAGAGCUCGCUGGAAGACUCUCUGAACUCUAUAAGGAAACCGUCCAUUGACUCCAGCACGCCACUUGUUCGCUCUUCAGAGCGUCUGGCUGCCAAGCGCAAAGGUUCAUACGCCGAGUCCCUGGAAACCCUGUAUUUCACGCCUAUUAAUGUCAGACAGACAAAAAGAACCGGAGCAGAGUUUGACGAGGAGAUGGACUCUGCUCGUAAAAAUCCAACUUCAUCUGUCAAACGACGCAGAACCACACAGGUCAUAAACAUCACCUUGACUAAGGUGGAGGAUCUUCUAUUUCACAUCAUUGAAU